UUGGUUAAAGUCUGUGUGUAUGUUGUUUACGUGUUGUUAACGUGUUGUAUGUUCUCUCCUGUAGGAUGCGCGUGUCAGAGAGGUGCUGGGAUUGGGUACACCAGGCGAGGGCGGCGUUGCCGUGGAGGGGAAGCUGGUAACGGUCGUCCACGGCAACGAUCUGGUCAACGUAUCCUUCCUCAACUUCCAGGCCAUGCAGGAAGACACCGCUAAGGUGUGGACAGAGGAGCUCUUUAAACUAGCCACAAACAUUCUGUCCCAGAAUGCAUCUCGCAACACCUUCCUCCUCAAAGCGUACACCAAGUUAAAGUUGCAGGUGAAUCAAGAUGGAAAGAUUCCAGUGAAGAACAUUCUCAAGAUGUUCUCUGACCAAGAAGCGAGUGGAGACGGCUGGAAACACUGUGGUCUGGUACCAACAGGGUACUCAAUCAAUCACAGAUAUCCAUCACGACUCACCCAUAAUGCUUCAUUUACCAGAGUCGUCUAUACCGCCAUCUUUUAUUGAUAAACAAUACAUGCAUGUUAGUGCUGAUCUAGGAUCAGGUCCC